UAUUUCAUUUAAAACAAUUUUAUUGCAUCUAUGAUCCAUAUGACUCCACAAUAACGACUAAAAAAACACAAAGACUACAUAUAAAUAGACCCAUUAGAUGGUCCAAAUCAAUCAUCUUUGGGUUUGCAUUCAACUAUAACAUAUCCAAACAUGGAUUUCAUCAAUAAUCCCUCAUUCUCUCACCUCUUCUCCUUAAUUCUCCUCUGCACAACAUUGUUUCCCACUCCUCAAAUCUCAGCCGUCGAUUUCCCAAUCAACGUGUGGCCCAAGCCCACCACAUUCCUGUGGCCCCGCCCACAGGCAAUCGCGCUCUCCCCCAACUUCACCAUCUCCGCCCCGCCCCACCCCUACCUCACCGCCGCCGUCCGCCGCUACCUCGCCCAGAUCCUGAGCGAGCACCACCGCCCCCUCGUCACCCCGAACCUCAACGUGACGUCGUCGCCGCCGCUCGCCGCGCUCACCAUAACCAUCUCCGACGGCUCCGGCCCGCUGGGCCACGGCGUGAACGAGUCCUACUCCCUGAGAAUCCCCGACGGCGGCGGCGGCGCGGCGGUGCUGGAGGCCGGGACCGCAUGGGGCGCGAUGCGGGGGCUGGAGACGUUCUCGCAGUUGGUGUACGGGAAGCCGUCGAGGGUGGCGUGCGGGUUGUACGUUUGGGACGUACCACUGUUUAUGCACAGGGGGAUCAUGCUCGACACGGCGCGCAACUAUUACGGGGUGGAGGAUCUGAUGCGGCUGAUCGGGGCGAUGAGCAUGAACAAAUUGAACGUCUUCCAUUGGCAUGUUACGGACUCGCAUUCGUUCCCCUUGGUGGUGCCGUCGGAGCCGGAGAUGGCGGAGAAAGGAGCCUAUGGUGAGGAUAUGAAGUACACGGCGGCGGAUGUGAAGAGGGUGGUGGAGUUCGGGUUGGAGCACGGCGUUAGAGUGGUGCCGGAAAUCGAUAUGCCUGCACACACAGGAUCAUGGGCCAAAGCGUACCCCGAAAUCGUGACGUGCGCGGACGUAUUCUGGUGGCCCGCAGAAGCCGGCUGGGACGACCGGUUCGCGGCCGAACCGGGAUCCGGCCAACUCAACCCCUUAAACCCAAAGACCUAUCAAGUCGUCCAAAACAUCGUCCACGACGUCGUCUCCAUGUUUCCCGAUCAAUUCUUCCACGCCGGCGCCGACGAGGUCACUCCCAACUGCUGGAAAAUCGACCCUCAGAUCCACUCAUUCCUCUCCAAAAACGGGACGCUCAGCCAGAUCCUCUCUCUCUUCAUCAACUCCACCCUCCCCUACAUCCUCUCCCUCAACCGCACCGUCGUUUAUUGGGAGGAUGUGCUGCUCGACGCCACCGUCAGCGUCAGCCCCUCACUGCUCCCAAAGCAGCACGUCAUCCUGCAGACCUGGAACAACGGCCCGGCCAACACCAAGCGGAUCGUCGCCGCCGGCUACCGCGCCAUCGUCUCCUCCUCGGAUUUCUACUACCUGGACUGCGGCCACGGCGACUUCGUCGGGAACAACAGCGAGUACGAUCAGCCGCCCUCCGCAAACCAGACCGACGGCGGAUCGUGGUGCGGCCCCUUCAAGUCGUGGCAGCUCAUUUACAACUACGAUAUAACCUACGGGUUGACCGCGGCGGAGGCGGAGCUGGUUAUAGGCGGGGAGGUGGCGCUGUGGUCGGAGCAGGCGGAUUCCACCGUCGUGGAUCAGAGGAUCUGGCCUAGGGCUUCGGCCAUGGCGGAGACGUUGUGGUCGGGGAACCGCGACGGCGCCGGGCGGAAGAGGUUCGCGGAGGCGGUGGAUCGCCUCAACGAGUGGCGCUACAGGAUGGUCGCGAGGGGGAUUCGCGCCGAGCCUAUUCAGCCGCUCUGGUGUGUCAAGAAUCCAGGCAUGUGCAACACCCUGCAUUAAUGCUCCACUCUCACUCACCAAUUCCUCAUUAAUGUCGAGCUUCUGAUUUCUUCUGGUUUAUUUUUUGGGUGAGAUAUGUUGAAAAUGACAACUUAAGGGGUCGGUGUAUUCAUUGGAAUGAAGAAAGUUGCAGAAAUUUC